AUGGGCGCGGUGCAAUCGACGACGAUGGCGGGCCCGCCGCCGGGCGACGUGGGCACUCGAGUAGACUUCAACUGGAACGCGCUGAGCAAGUCUCAGAGUGUGAGCAUGUCGUCCGUGCACUCGGCCAUCGCCAGGAAGGUCGACAUUGGGAUGGGCAGCUGCAAGUUGGCAAUCUGCAAGCGCUUGAGCGUCGGCAUGGGAUCGUGCGAGGAAGCAAUUGUGUUUGAGCGCGUUGACGUUGGUAUGGGCAGGGUCAAGAUUCUGCACUGCACAGCCGACACCCGCAUCAGCUGUGGCGCCGGUGUCGUCGAGAAGAAGAUCAUCCACACGCCUGCUGAUCUGGCAGCGCUCGGCCGCGCACGCGCCAACCUCCCGCCCAUGUACUCAGAGACGCCGCCAAACCCAUACCUCCAGCAGCAAGCAUACCCGCCACAGCAGCAGCAGCAGCAGCAGCAGCAACAGCAGCAAGCAUACCCGCCACAGCAGCAGCCCUAUCCACAGCCGCCACAUCAACAGCAGCAAGGAUAUCCACCACAGCAACAACCGUACCCACCACAGCCACACCAUGGAUACCCACCACAGCCACAACAGCAGCAACAGCCAUAUGCACAGCCGCAGCAGCCAUAUGCACAGCCGCAGCAACAGCCAUAUGCACCGCCACAGCAGCAACAGCAAGGGUACCCUGCUGAGGCGCCACCUGGCUACGACGAGGCUGUGGGUGGCGGCAAGCCCCAGCACAAAUGAUGCGAUGCAGUGUGGU